AUGCUUCGAACCGUCACGGGACGCGCUGCCACCUCGGGUCUUAUGAAGUCAGCUCUGCCUCGGGUCUCCCAAGCAGCUGCGUCCACAUGCUCGCUUGCCCCGCAACUGCGACUUCAGAACAAGACUCGGGUUGCUGGUCUUCAACUCUCCAGAGCUAUUCACAGCACUUCAGUCAGAAUGUCUCAGACGCGAACAGAGAGCGAUGCCUUUGGCGAGAUCCAGGUCCCCGCCGACCGAUACUGGGGAGCCCAGACGGAACGAUCUCUCGAGAACUUCCGCAUCAACCAGCCCCAGGAUCGCAUGCCUCCACCCAUUGUCAAGGCAUUUGGUAUCCUGAAGGGUGCUGCCGCCACUGUCAACAUGCGAUAUGGCCUUGACCCCAAGAUUGGUGCUGCUAUUCAACAGGCCGCCAAGGAGGUCGCUGAUGGCAAACUCAUCGACCACUUCCCUCUUGUCGUUUGGCAGACGGGCUCCGGCACUCAGUCCAACAUGAACGCAAACGAGGUCAUUUCCAACCGAGCCAUCGAGAUCCUCGGCGGAACUAUGGGUAGCAAGAAGCCCGUCCACCCCAACGACCACGUUAACCGUAGUGCCUCUUCCAACGACACCUUCCCUACUGUUAUGCAUAUUGCUGCUGUCCUCGAUCUUGAGGGCGAGCUCUUGCCUGCCCUCCACAGCCUCCGUGCUGCCCUGCAGAAGAAGGUCGAUGAGUUUGAGGCCAAGAAGAUUAUCAAGAUCGGACGUACCCAUCUCCAGGACGCUACACCUUUGACUCUCGCCCAAGAGUUCUCUGGUUACGUCGCUCAACUCGACUUUGGCAUCAAGCGUGUAGAGAGCUCUCUCCCUGACUUGCGUCUGCUCGCCCAGGGCGGCACCGCCGUUGGCACCGGCAUCAACACUUUCCAGGGCUUCGCUGAGGCUAUUGCUGAGGAGGUCACCAAAAUGACUGGCACUGAGUUCAAGACUGCCCCUAACAAGUUUGAGGCUCUGGCUGCCCAUGACGCUAUUGUCCAGGCCCACGGCUCUCUUAACACCCUUGCUGCCUCUCUCACCAAGAUCGCUCAGGAUAUUCGAUACCUCGGCAGUGGCCCUCGCUGUGGCCUUGGUGAGCUUAACCUCCCCGAAAACGAGCCUGGCAGCAGCAUCAUGCCUGGAAAGGUUAACCCCACGCAAUGUGAGGCUUUGACCAUGGUCUGUGCCCAGGUUAUGGGCAAUCACGUUGCGACCACUAUUGGUGGCAUGAAUGGCCAGUUCGAGCUUAACGUUUACAAGCCUCUGGUCAUCCGCAACCUCCUGCACAGCUCCCGCCUUCUGACUGAUGGCAUGCGCUCUUUCGAGAAGAACCUAGUUGCUGGUCUUGCUGCUAACGAGGAGAAGAUUGCCAGCAUCAUGAAGGAGUCGCUCAUGCUCGUCACUUGCCUGAACCCCAAAAUCGGUUACGACAUGGCCAGCAAGGUCGCCAAGAAUGCUCACAAGAAGGGUCUGACCCUCAAGCAGAGUGCUCUCGAGCUCCAGGCUUUGACUGAGGAGGAGUUUGAUACUCUUGUCAAGCCUGAGCUAAUGGUUGGCCCCAGCCCCUACAAGGGGUGA